AAAAAGCAAGGAUCUUUUGUUGGUGAAAAUGGGGGCGGCAGGGUCACAUCCAGAACAAGAUCCAAGAUAUUUGGAGAUGCAGAGAGAACUGCAAAGAAGAAAUGAAGAAUUGGAUAGAAGAGAGAGAGAACUGAGAAGAGAAAUGGAUAGAAGAGAGAAAGAAAUUGAUAGAAGAGAGAGAGAACUGAGAAGAGAAAUGGAUAGAAGAGAGAGAGAACUGAAAAGAAAAGAGGAAGAAAUUGAUAGAAGAGAGAGCGAACUGAUGAGAGAAAUGGCUAGAAGAAGGAGAGAAGAGAGAAUAGAACUGAUGAGAGAAAUGGCUAGAAGAGAGGAAGAAAUGGUUGGUCAUUGUGAACGUCAAAGUGUUCCAGCAUUUCUUGGCCUAUCGCGGAUACACUCAGACGAAUCUUUAGAGUACCAUUUCAGUGACCCAUGGAUCUCGUUUGGAGAACUGAAACCUGUGCGAUGUAACAGCAAAGAAUUCACCCCCCCUGAAAUGUCUGAAAGUGAGGACAACCAUUUGAUCAGACCACAAUUACUCUGGGGAAGGUUGGAGGAUAUUCUUCAGUAACAGACAUAGUCGACAAAGAAAAUGAAUUAUCUGCCUGAUCUUGUUACACACACAGUCUCUAUCAUCUUCCAGAGAUAACAUAUUAUCUAUCAUUAUUCCUAGAUACUUAUGUUACCACCUAUCUGAUGUUUUAGUGUGAUUACUGUGUUUUAUUAUGUAUAUAGUGGGGUUUUCAGUGAAUCAUGGUUGAUGCUACUUCUGUUUUUAAUUUUUUGUUGCCUGUAUAUAUCGAAAAGAAAGAGAGAAAGAUUUUAUUUUGGCCAGAAGACCCUAAGGUUGGAGUACAUCUCUAAGUUUAUGUCAUUGAACUUAAUUUGUCUGUUUCGUUAUAUGGUUUUGAAGAUUUUAACUGUAAUGUGAUCCAAGACGGUCCUGCUGCAGACUUGCACUCUCAGACACUUGCACUUCCACUAGUGACAUCACUUGCAGUCUUUUUUUUUUUUUUUUGAAUAUUUAAUUACUUUUUGUUUGAAUUUCCCAACAUUUUAUAAAAGUAGCCAGGUGGUGAAGACUAGAAAAAAGAAACCAAAUUACAAUGUCACUUGCAAUCGCCACUAGCACUCUCUGCUACCUGUGACGUCACAAAUAUAACAGUUUAUGUAAACAUUUUGCAAUGAACAUGUCUAUAUUGUAAAAUGUCAAUGAACACUAACAAAAGGAAGGAAUAGUAAUCAAAAGGAAACAUCAAUAACAAACAAGCUCAAAUACCAGGAAUGGUGCAAAGGACCACUGCACUUACAAACCCAAGAGGCAGCGAUUGCUUCUCAUUGUUGUUUUACAGACAGCAGGUCAUAGGUGUGUGUGUGUGAUUUAGAGUGCUGUUAGAUUUUUCUGCAUUAUGACUAAAUUACUUAAUGGAUUUCACAUUCUCAAAACUUUGCUCUGUAUUACAGACACAGUAGUUCCUAGGUGUCUAUGUGUAAUUAUGUGUGUGUGUGUGUGUGUGUGUGCGUGCAUCUGUGUGUGAUUGGAUGUGACAAUAUCAGACUAUUGAUGUUUAAUAGUGUCUUGCCUUCACUACUGUGCACUUUUUUCAGUUUUGUGAUUGAUUUGUAGAUUGUGUACACAAAUAUUUCCCAUUCAUUUCCUAUGGCCGGUCAUUUUUGCGCAAAGACCUUGAGUGUUACUAUUUUUUCAUAUCCUUCCAAUGAAGCUGUGAUUAAAAAAAAAAAUUAAAAUGUAAGAUAUUCCGGUCAGAAAUUACCGAAGACCCCACUAGGGUAAACGUUUUUCUGUAUGGGAGGACAAAGUUUGCACAUUGUGUUCAUAGCCAUCUGCUUGCCUUGUACUUGAUUAAAUAAUAACUAUAUAUCGAAUUUGGUAUUUUAAUUGAACUUAAUGCAUCUUAAUACAUUAUGCCAUAUUAAGUGUUUGUUUUUUCUACAGAAGGAAAAUGAUUAACGAAAGACUUAGUGCAUUGCAUUCAUAUUCUGCUCUUCUGUGGCCACGGAUUUGCCGGUCUUGUCUUUUUCUUGUAGGACCCUGUAAGUUAUAGUAGUAGACCUACAAAUUUUGUUUAAAUCAUUUCAUCACCAUCACAGCAUCUUCUCUCCUUUGGCAACACACAUGAUUUGUGUUGAUUGCAAGUGACGUCACAGGUAGCAGAGAGUGCAAGUAGCGAUUGAAAGUGACAUUGUAAUUUAGUUUCUUUUUUUUCUUGUCUUCACCGCCUGGCUACUGUUGUAAAAUGUUGAGAGAUUCAGACAAAAAGUUAUCAAUAAUUAGAACAAAAUAAAAAAAUAAAGACUGCAAGUUAUGUCACUAGCAGAAGUCUGCAGCCAGACCCUUCUAAUGUGAUCUGAUUUUUGAUGUUGCCUUUUUAGAUUGACACAAAUUAACAUAACAGAAUUCAUAAUGUCCAUUGUUAAUAUACCAAGUUUCAACUGUUGUUAAGUAAUUUGCUGGAGGAUGAUGUCAUUAUCGAAAGAGAUAUUUAGGCCAAAAAAGAAAAUUCUCUCAUUUAUUCGCCAUCAUUUUAAUAAAAAGCUGAGCCUGACAGAGGCCAAAUACCAAACCACCUGCAAACCAGAUUUUUUAUCGUAAAUCUUAAUCUGUAGAUGGAAAACAAGACAGUGUACAUUCAAAAACUCUUCGGAUUAUAAAGCAGUUUAUGUAUUGUUUAUGGAGCAGAUAAAAUUUAUAUAAUUUUUCUCAUCCUAAAAAUGAUUUAAAGGCUGAGGUGUGAGGUUUAUAUUUUUUAAUAAACCUUUUAUUUGUAAAAUCUUUAUUUGAACAUGUAGUACAUGUUUCUGUAACAUGAAAUGAUGUGAAAUGAUUUCAGUGCAUCUUUGAGUUCUUUUUGAACAUGUCCAGUCUAUUGUAACGUAUUGAUAACGAUGAUUAUUUUUAUCCUUUCAUCGUUUUGUUUUCAAACAGGUGUAAAUAACGUGUCCAUUUCAUUUUUGUGGUUUUUGGACAGCUGAACAUCAAGGAUGUAAUGUCAAUAGUAACUCAGUGGAGGAAAUGUAAAUAACAUUUGUGAAUGUUUGAAGACAAUGCAGAAACAUAAUAUUUUCUACUUAUGUUUUUAUUUCACUGAUGAUGAGAAGAUUAAAAAGGAAACAGUAUAAAUGAGAAUUUCUGCUAUAUGAAGAAAUGUAAAUAUUCAAAUAAGUCAUUUUUUUCAUUGAUUAUCACAUUAUUCUUAUAUUUAUAUUCUAGAGAUAAUGACAUAAAUAAAGACUUUUUGUUAUUAA